GGUCACGGUAGCUGCCGGAGGAGCAGAGUCACCCAUGACCCUGCUAGAAACCCAAUACACGCCCAUGUCCGUGCCCUCACCCGUUAUAAAGUGCUGAUAGGCAAAUAUUUGCCGCGGCCCUAAUCCUGCUUGCCCUUGUGUCGGCAAAUCUCUGGCGGAUGGACAGGGAGAGUUUUGCUGGCAGGCAGGGCGGCUGGGUCUGUCUCCAGAGCAGAUGCUGGGUUUGCAGCAGGUCCUCCUCCGGCUUACGUUGAUCCCGGUAAUCCAGAAGGGAGCAAAGCAAAAAAAAAAAAAACCAUAGAAAAUAAGCGAGGCUUUAGUGAAAUGGUCAUCCGAUGCCUUUGGGCUCUGGAUUCUCCUCGGGCAGAGGUCCUGUGGUGAAUUGCAGGUGUCACAGAGAAGAAUAAUCUUCAUCAGCCCAAUGGUCAACAAGGAUAUGAACUCUGCUAUUUUUAUCUAGAUGGAUGAAAAGGUUAACAGCCCAGAAGGGGAGCUCCUUUGGUUUUCAAGAUGGCAGCAACCAGUGGCGAAAGCCAGCUGCAGCGGAUUAUCAGAGACUUGCAAGAUGCUGUGACUGAACUAAGUAAAGAAUUCAAAGAAGGAGGGGAACCAAUCACAGAUGACAGUGUCAAUUUGCAAAAAUUCUCCUACAAGCUUGAGUACCUUCUACAGUUUGACCAGAAAGAAAAAAACACAUUGCUGGGGAACAGAAAAGACUACUGGGAUUAUUUCUGUGACUGUCUGGCAAAAGUCAAAGGAGCUAAUGAUGGAAUUCGCUUUGUCAAGUCUAUUACAGAACUACGAACAUCUCUUGGAAAAGGAAGAGCAUUUCUUCGUUACUCCCUGGUUCACCAAAGGCUAGCAGACACCUUGCAGCAAUGUUUUAUGAACACCAAGGUGACCAGUGACUGGUACUAUGCAAGAAGUCCAUUUCUGAAUUCCAAAAUGAGUUCUGACAUUGUGGGUCAACUCUAUGAACUCACCGACGUUCAGUUUGACUUGGCAUCAAGAGGCUAUGAUUUAGAUGCUGCUUGGCCAGCAUUUGCCAGGAGGACACUGUCCUCGCUUGGAUCUUCAGCAUAUUUAUGGAAGCCCCCAAGUCGCAGUUCCAGCAUGAGCAGUUUAGUGAGCAAUUAUUUGCAGGCCCAAGAGUUUCCCUCCAGCCCUGAUGCAAAUAGCUCACUAAAUGUUGAACACCUUGAGGGCUUUGAAGAGAUGCGUGUAGAACUUGACCAGGCUGAGCUGAAGCAGAGGGAACUUCAAGGUCGUAUUCACCAGCUAGAAAUGGAAAACCAGGAGCUCCAGGCAGCUGUCAGCCUUCAGAAAGAACAAGUACAGGUAGAAAAGGAAAAGAGCAAUAACUACAGUGAGGAGAACUCCCGACUGACAAAGAUGAUCACAGAGUUACAGAAGCAGUGUGAGGUCUCACACUCCACUCACAGCACUGUUCAUGACCUGCAGAAAUGCCUGCAGUCACUGGAACUGAAUGCAGUGGAGCAGCAAAAAGAAUAUUCGACAAAGCUGGAGCAGCUCGUGACCAGCAAGGAAGACUGUGCCUCAGAAUUGCAGAUGUUGAAUCGGGAGCUGGAAGCCUCUAGAGCUUUGGUUGCUAUGAAGGAUUUUUUCAUCAAUGAGCUCAAAGCCAAGCUGAGUUCCACAGAACAGAAGAACCUCAACCUCCUUGAAAAAGUUGAUGCUGCCUUGGAGGAAAAGGGACAGCAAGCCACAGCCAACUGUGACUCUGCCCUACAGAUACAGGCACUGUUAGAGAAGCUUCAGGAGGCAGAAAAGGAAAAGGCAGAUAUGCAAAGACUCAAUGAUGAACGUGCGUCUCAGCUGAAAGCAGCAAGGGAGGAGCUGCAGCUGAAAGAGGAGGCACAGAAGGAACUGGAAUCCAGAUACAAUCGCCUCACUGCUGACUCCAGAGAAGAGAGUGAAAAGCUGCUUGGGAGCCUGGAAAGCAUGGCAAAGGAAAUGGAUGCACUUCAGAAGGCCCUGACCCAGAAAGGAAAGGAGAUGGCUGAGCUCCAGACCCAGGUAAUGGGGUCGCUGGCUCAGGUGGGGUCACUGGAAAAAAGUCUUGAGGAAGCAAGGAAAGAAAAAGAGAAACUUGAGGAGGUGUAUAGUAGGAGGGAAGGAACACUGAAGCAGGAAGCCCAGUCGCAAGCAGAGCAACUUGAACUACAGGAGGGUCGCUUAACAAAGGUGAGUCAGACUGUGUGUAGCCUUGAGGAGCAAAACCGGAAACUCUUGUCUGAGAAAGAGCAUCUCAGCCAGAAAGCCAAGGAGCUGGAAGAGCAGAUGGAGCAGCAAAACUCUGCAGUGAACGAAAUGGGUGAGGAGAGCAGAAAACUGAAAGCGGAGAAUGCAAAUUUGCAGCAGUCCAAGAAGAAGAUGGAAGGGAAGCUGAAAAAUUUGGAAGCUUCUAAAGCUUCCCUGGAAGCUGAGGUAGCCAGGCUGAGAGCCUCUGAGAAACAGCUUCAGAGUGAGAUAGAUGAUGCCCUGGUGUCAGUUGAUGAAAAAGAGAGGAAGCUACGGGGCCAGAACAAACAGCUGGAUGAAGACUUGCAGAAUGCAAGGAGGCAAAGCCAAAUUCUGGAGGAGAGAUUAGAGGCUCUUCACUCAGACUAUGAAGAACUAAAGCAAAGAGAAGAGACCACCAAGGAGUCUUAUGCCUCACUUGAAGGACAGCUGAAGAGUGCCAAACAGCAUAGUUUACAAAUGGAAAAAAGCUUAGCCACCCUGAAGGAAAGCAAAGAGUGUCUCCAGUCACAGCUCACAGAGAAGGAGGUAGAACUGCAAGGCAUGGAGAGCCAGUGUGAGCAGCUCAGAGAGGAAGCUGAAAAACAUAGGAAUAAAGCAGAGGCUCUUGAGGUAGAAAAGCUCAGUGUUGAAAAGACAUGCCUUCAUCAGACAAAGCUGAUUGAAUCCCUCACAUCAGAAAAGGAAUCAGUGGAAAAACACCAACUACAGCAGGCGGCUUCUCUGGAGAAGGAGGCAAAAGAGCUGGCCUCCAGACUGACCAUGAGUGAAGAGCAGUUGGAGGUCAACCGAGGUGAAGUGUCUAGGCUGCAAGCAGAAGUCCUAGACCUGAGAGUCAAGCUUCAGCAGACCACUGAUGAGAGAGAGCAGGUGAGAGGUGAGCUGGCAAUCACAGAGACUGUCUUGGAUGAGCAGAAGGCACUUGUCCAGCAGCUGAAGGAGCAAAGUGAGUCACUCAACAGAAACCAUGUGCAAGAACUGGUGCAAUGUAAAGAAAGAGAAGAAGCGCUGAAAAAAGAGCAGGAGACAGCAGCCCGCCAAAAAGCUGAUCUGGAAAAUACUUUGCUGAACCUGAAGGAAGAGCUAUCCAAGGUUAAGCAGUACUUGGAAGUUGCUAGAAUGGAAAACGAAGAAAACAAAGAUCUCCUCCACAGGACCAACACAGAUAUGGCUGAACUUGGUAUUCAGAUUUGUGCCUUGACCUCUGAAAAGGUGGAUGCAGAAGAGCAGUUAGCCCAGGCCACAGAAAGGUUCAAAGAACUGGAAGAACAGGCAGCAGAUCAACAGGGGAAGCUGAAGCUUGACAUCUCUAAUCUCAGAGAGGAGAACAAGAGCCUGCAAGAGAAAUUACAGGAGGCUCAAAUGUGUGCCGCAACUGUCCCAAGUCUGCAAUUGCAGCUGGAGACAGCAAAGAAAGAGGCACAGAGUCUCCAAGAGACCAGCCAAGAAGAGCUGUCUGCAAUAAAAUUUCAAAUGAGCACAGAGAUUCUAAAUUAUCAGACAAAAUUCAAGGCUGUCAAUGAAGAGUGUGGGAAACUAAGAGAGCAACUUGAGGAGCAGAAGCGACAACAAUGUGCUGCAGAGGAAGAGAUUGAGGAGUUACAAGCUGCAAACACGAGUUUGUCUAGAAAGCUGGAUGAAGCACAAGAGCAGCUGUCUGAAUCAGAAUCUGUUCGGCUGCAGAAGGAAGAGGAAGUGACGACUCUGAGAGAGCUCUUGGAAAGGAUCCAAAAAGAAGCUGAUGAAGCAAAAGAGAAGGUCCUGGAUUACAGUGAGAAGCUCAGCAAGGUGGCAGCAGACAAAGAUAGCAGCGACCAGAAGUUAUUUGCUGAACUGGAUGAUCUGACGAGAACAAAGCAGUUCCUUGAAGAACGUUUGAUAGAACUUAUCAGAGAUAAAGAUGCUUUGUGGCAAAAGUCAGAUGCUCUGGAGUUCCAGCAGAAGCUUAGUGCAGAGCAAAGGUGGCAGGGGGACACAGAGGUUAAUCAUUGUCUGGACUGCCAGAGAGAGUUCUCAUGGAUGGUGCGCCGACACCACUGCAGCCGGCAACUAAGCACCACACAACCACUUGCUCACCCUCACCCUACUGGUGGGAUGGGAGAGAGAACUGGAAGGGCAAAAGCUGCAAACACGAGUUUGUCUAGAAAGCUGGAUGAAGCACAAGAGCAGCUGUCUGAAUCAGAAUCUGCUCGGCUGCAGAAGGAAGAGGAAGUGACGACUCUGAGAGAGCUCUUGGAAAGGAUCCAAAAAGAAGCUGAUGAAGCAAAAGAGAAGGUCCUGGAUUACAGUGAGAAGCUCAGCAAGGUGGCAGCAGACAAAGAUAGCAGCGACCAGAAGUUAUUUGCUGAACUGGAUGAUCUGACGAGAACAAAGCAGUUCCUUGAAGAACGUUUGAUAGAACUUAUCAGAGAUAAAGAUGCUUUGUGGCAAAAGUCAGAUGCUCUGGAGUUCCAGCAGAAGCUUAGUGCAGAGCAAAGGUGGCAGGGGGACACAGAGGUUAAUCAUUGUCUGGACUGCCAGAGAGAGUUCUCAUGGAUGGUGCGCCGACACCACUGCAGAAUGUGCGGUCGCAUUUUCUGCUACUACUGCUGCAACAACUACAUGGUGACAAAGCCUGGUGGAAAAAAAGAACGUUGCUGCAGAGCUUGCUUUAAUAAGCCCAGAGUCAUUGUGGACAGUACAGAUGACUCUGGAUCCAGUGCCAACCAGGAAGGAUCACCAGCUUCAUUGGAAUCACCUGUGUCACCAUCCGAGAGGGCUUUUGUUACAAGUGAAGCCUCUAAACCACCAGAUGAUGCAACAUUUGAUAUAAUUACUGAUGAGGAGCUGUGCCAAGUACAGGAAUCAGACUCACUCCACAAUGAAAGUCAAAUGGAGGGAGAGUCUCUGGAUCAAAGCGUGGCAGACCUGUGGUCUAAUCAUCUGGCAACAAGAGCUCUGUUAUCAGAAGAUACAAAGAUAUGUAUGGGAGAUUCAGACCAUGAACCUGAUAUUAGAUGGAAGGCAGAUGAAAAUGCUUCUUUAUUACAGAUGGAGGCCAAGCACGGGAUGAAGAUAACCUGCAAAAAAACAGCACAUGUAAUUCUUCAACCUUUGAAGUCAGGAGAAAUCAUGAUGAAAUUACCCCUUACAGUGGAAGAGAUCUUAGAUUUUGGGGAAAGCAACAGAGAGCUGUUCAUUAAGUCCAGCACCUACAGUAUCAUUCCCAUCACCAUUACAGAGAUGGGGCUAACAAUUAGCUGGAUCUUUUCAUCAGACCCUAAAAGCAUAUCCUUCAGCGUUGUCUACCAAGAAUCAGAAGACACACCACUGGAUCAGUGCAAAGUUCUUAUUCCUAUGACCCGCUGCAACUCUCAUAAGGAAACUAUCAGAGGACAGGUGAAAGUCAGAAACUCUGGAAUCUACACACUGAUAUUUGACAACACAUUCUCUAGGUUUAUCUCGAAAAGAGUGUUUUAUCACUUGGCUGUCGAGCGACCUGUCAUCUACGACGGAAGUGAUUUUCCAUAGCCUUGAAUAUACUGUGUUCUU